CACACACAAACACACAAACACACACACGCUCGCGCGCGCGCACACACGUACACGCCAUCAUGUCCGAGGCCAUGCGCGAGAGCGAACAACCGGCGUGUCCUCGCGCGCAGGAAAACAACAGCAAGAAAAAGAAGAAGAAACGAAAGACAAGACAACAAAAACAAUCGCAACAUCAAAAACAGCAACAGGUGGGAGUCGAGGAGGGCCCGCGCGGCUCGGUGGACCCCCCUCAACCGGACCGGACCGGGACCGACCCGCUGCUCAGGGGAAUCUUCCAGAUCGGCAAGAAGAGCCACGACGUGGUGCUGACCGCCUCGCGCAUCACCUGGACCCCCAUCGAGCCCGACCACCCGACAGGUCAGUCCUCAGUGAAGAAGCCUCAGGAGGACUCUGUGGAGCUGAAGGACGUGUUCGCGGUGAAGGUGAAGCGCCGGCGUUCGGUGGGGCAGACGAGCGGUGGGACUCUCCUGGGCAUCACGCUCUUCACCUGCAGACCCAAAGGAGCCAAGCUGAAAGACCACGCCGUCCACCUGAACAACCUCAGCGCCGACCACUGUGAGAUCUGGUUCAAGCAGCUCAAAGAAAUCCUCAACGGUUUUCAGUCCCGACCCAAGUCUCUGAAGGUGUUUAUAAACCCCUGCAGUCAUAAGAAGGAAGCCAAUCAAAUCUACGAGGACCAGGUGGCUCCACUCUUCAAACUCGCCGAUAUAAAGACGGAUGUCACCAUAACUGAGAGAAAAGGCCACGCUCUGUCCAUCCUGAAGGACUGCAGACUGGAUGAAUAUGACGGUGUGGUGUGUGUAGGUGGAGAUGGGUCUGUAGCUGAAGUGGCUCAUGGUUUGCUGCUCCGGGCCCAGAUGGAUGCUGGGAGGGACACAGACUCCAUUUUCAUGCCUGUCCAAGCAGCACUUCCUCUGGGUGUAAUCCCAGCAGGUUCUACUGAUGCUGUGGCGUGCUCUGUCCAUGGAAUCAGGCAUCCAGUGACCGCAGCCUUACACAUCAUCAUGGGACACAGGCAGGCAGUAGAUGUGUGCAGUGUGAGCUCUAUGGGGCGGUUGCUGAGGUUCUGUUUCUCGGUGAUGUUCGGGUUUGGAAGUCGGACUCUGGCAGCAGCAGAGAAACUCACCUGGAUCCCCAACACUCAGCGCCGAGAAGUGGCCUUCAUCACCACCCUCACCAACCUAAAGCCUGAAGAGUGUGAGCUGUCCUUCAUCCCCAGCAGUGGAGGAGUGGUGGAUCAGUCAGACAGUGAAUCAGAGAGUGAGCUGAGUGAUGUUGGAGAGGGUGGGCCGUGGCAGAGGAGGCGGGGUCUGUUCCUCAACAUCAGCAUCAUGUCUAUCCCGUGUCUCUGCUCCAUCGCCCCCAGAGGCCUGGCUCCUUUCACCAGGCUCAAUAACAGUAGCAUGGCACUCGUAGCCGUGGGCAACGCUUCGAGGUCAGAGUUCAUCAAACACCUGAAGAGGUACAGCAGCACAAACAAUCAGUUCAGUUUCUCGUUUGUGGAGACGCAGUGUGUGUAUGCGGUCAGGCUGAGGCCUCGUUCACACAGCGGCUGGACCGAUGAAACCUCAGAAGAGAACGAAGAGAGUGACUCUAAAAACAGCCCGAUCAUCUCGUCUGAGGGAACGCACCCCUGGAACAUCGACGGAGAACUGCUGGAGGUUCCUGGAGAACUGCUGAUCAGAGUUCAUUCCCGAAUCCUCACGCUGUUUGGAGCUGAUGUGGAAGAGGCUGAGGAGAGACCCAUUAAAUGCAGCUGUAUUUAAAUACACACAUUAAUCGAAUGUAGUACACACACACACACACACACACACACACACACACACCUAUCAACAUAUGUUAACACUCUAAGCAAAAAAUGUUCUAUGUAGCACCAACAAAUACAGCUCUGGAGAAAAUGAAGAGAGCACUUCAUUUUCUGAAUCAGUUUCUCUGAUUUUGCUAUUUAUAGGUUUAUGUUUGAGUAAAAUGAACAUUGUUGUUUUAUUCUA